ACGCCCGAUUCACUGUAUACUGUGUGGAAUCGAAUGGAGGGAUUGGGCUGAUUUGUGCGCCAUGUGUUAAUGAAAUAAGGCGCGCCAAAUUCGACGAAAAUGCUCCGUGCAUAGGGUGAACUUCAUCCCGGUUCAUGUUUAUUUCUGUGAAUGUGAAGCACGUCAGGUGAUGUACUAUGGACGAACAUGAUGAUGAAAGUACACAUAUCAGAUACUGGAAAAACAGAUUUUACGAAGGCGACUGGAAACUAUCCUGUCAUCAAAUCAGCUGCGCAAGUCCUUCACAAUGAUGUUGUGGCUCAGCUGAAGCCAAUGUUCCCACAUCUCUUGGAGAACACUAUCCGAGAGAGCGUGGUUCGCCAGAGCAGACUCCUGGCUGAUCCGCUGGACCAGAAUAGACUCACAAACAGCUGCAUUGAUGAUUUGCUGUGUCUAAUGACAGCCGAAGGCAGCACCAGAAAUGAACAGAGAGUUUUCAGGGACUAUAUUGAUCUUACAGAUGAUUCGUUUGUUCACAGUACAACUGCCAACACUGAAGUAGUCAUCAAUCUUGAUGUGACUCCUGAUUGUCUUGAAAUAGACACACCCAUUAAGGAGCCUUACCAGGCCAAGGAAGAUGUGGAAGUUGAUCACAACAUUAGAGAUGCACCAUCACCCAACUUGAAUUGCAGCGACAGUAGCCAGUUGGCGAGUGACAAAGGCAUCGGUUUGAAGUCAAAGCCUGAAGUGAUUCAAGUGUCUCACAUAGACGUCCAGUUGCUUCAAUCCAGUGCUAAGCCAGAAAGUCCAAGGGGGCAAGCAGUUUUGGAGGGGAGGUCAGAUUCCCUAACUGUUCCAUCCGAGGCCACUCCCGUUAACUCCAGUGUCUCUAUGAAUGGCACAGUAGCAUCUUUUGGAACAGCCUCCAAGCAGGGAUCUCCUCUAAAGGUUAAAAUCAAGCUUGAUCAAGCGUCUGGACUGUACAAAGUCCAGAAUGAGACCAGUGACAUCCACAGCAGUGAUAAUGGAACAGCAGUCAGCCACCAUCAUCAGAAACCUUCCCAGGCGCCUUCUACAAUGUCAAGGUGUCCUUGUCUCGAUUGUCAAACUCUUCCAACACCAGAGACUCAGCACAGCUCCGAUAUUUUUCCACCGUCACGGGGACCGUUAGAGGAAUGGGUGAACCCCUUGGAGGAACCUGCUCCUUCAACAUCAACCUCAUCCUCUAAUCAAACUUUGGGACACAAAGACUCCCAGAGCACUAGCAGCCAAUCCAACUCGGUCACUGGAAAUCCGAGCACGGCCACAAAACACAGCACUGUUCAAGCCUCCACGAGUUCAAGGACUGAAGAAAGGUGCCCAGCCAUCAGUGAAUCUCCAGCAAUGAAUCCUGGUGUCUUAGAAGCCAAAGAGAGGAGGCAGAGCUUAGGAACAUUGACCACAGGGAGCGCAGUGCAAGAUGAAGUCAGAAAAGACACUGCCACAAAAAAGAACCCACCCUCAAGUGGAACAUUAGAGGAGUUUUUCAGCUCCCUGCUGUCAAGGGCUCAAGGCAGAUCUUCCACCCCUUCCAAGCCUGGAGCUGGCACCUCUUGCGUCUCAAGACCAUCGUCUACGCCAAUUUUCUCAUCGUCAGCUGCUGCCAAAUGCCAACAAAGCAACUCCGAUCGUCACAGAGGUUCUGCAGUGCCUGUCAGCAAUGUGGGUCUGCAGACAACUCCCAGGACAACUCUUCAACCCUCCACCUCUGCAACCAGUGUGCAUAGUCACCAUGGCAGCCUGUACGCUGCUACCAACUGCAGCCAGACCUACACCCAGAGGCUCUACAAGAAACCGGCAAAUUCAAUGCAGCCAGCAACUUCUUUGACGUCCACCAGUCAUACCAUCCCGUUUGGCACGUUAACGCAACCAGCUGAAGCAACUGGUUCCAAUUUAAGUUCCUCUACUCAGCCAGCACUUGGGGCAUCGAGAACCAUUCAUCGAUCUCCUUCAUUGGAAUCGCUACCAAAAUCCAAAACACAAGCAGCUGUCAAGCAAGUUGAUCAGGGACAGGCAUCAAGUUCAUAUCACAGAUUGUCAGGAUUGGGCUCUCAGAAGCUUGUGCCUUCCCAAAGUCCCUCAACACAUCAGUCAUUUGAUCAGAGCUGCCAGAAGAAGACCAUCUCUGGAACAACAAAUCAGACAAAUGCUUCCAAGCCUCCGCUCUCAGCCUCUGCACCAUCACAGGGAUCCACAAGACACAUGACAUACACAUCAGUAUCAACUAGAAAGCCUACACAAUCAUCCCAAGUUGAGACUACCGAUCCAGAUGCAAUUCAUCAACAGACUACUGUGAAGACUACUCCCUUUACUCCUGUGCCUACCUCCCAGCCAAAGGUCUCCAACCAGUGUAUGCAAGGACAUGUCCCACCACCGUUUGUGCCAAACCCACAACCACAACCAGCGCUACACCAAGUGACAGAUCCUUUGCCGCCGGCAACUUUCUGGCAACCCCAGACUCAACGUCCACCGCAUGUUACGUUUGGAAGCAUCCCCCCACCCAAUGCAACAAAGCCUCAGCCACAGGCUGUAAGAUAUCCACAUCCUCUCCCCUUCCUCCCCCAGGCAAUCGUAUCAGAACCCCAGAACCCACCACCCUUUGUGCCAGUACCCAAGUCACAACCCAUGAUACAGACAGUGACAUACCCUAUGCCGCCAGCAGCAACGCAUCAACCUCAAAUUCAGCCGACCUACCCAGCCACACAGAUACAAACCCUACCCUCCAUACCAAAUCCUGAGCCACAACCAGAAACGCAACCAGUGACACCGGUACCUCUUCAGCCACCAGUAGUUAUUCACCAACCUCAUGAGGUCUUGCCAGAACAGAAAAACAGACCUGGAAAUGAUAGAACCAUAGAAGAGAUGAAAUCAGAAGUGUUGAUGUUGUUCCCGGAGGUUGAUCCAAGCUACAUAUUGACCCAGCUGCAAGCCAUGAAGGAUUAUCCAUCUCCUGUCAAUGUAGUCUGUAACCACCUCCUUGAGAACCCCAGCUACCCGCGAGCUAAAAAGCAAGAAGCCCCCUCCACAUCCAAGUCAGUCAAGACUAAAGUAGAGGAAGAGAAAGUUGACUAUAUUAAAGACUACUACAAGAUGCCUGCAUCAAGACGUUAUGCUGAAGAUAUCAUGAUACAGUUGCAGAAUGACUUCCGAAUGCUCUCAGUCGACACUAUCAGGAUGGUGUGGUCGCUACACUUUUUCAACUAUGCUCCUACCAGAGUUUGCCUGGAGGAAAUCUUGCGCUCCAAUGAGAGAAUCCAGAAGCUCUUACCACAAGUCAAGACCCUGUCACAUCAAGAGCGGAAAAUCCAGGUUAAGAUCACCACAAAAAACUUACAGGGAAAACAGGAAACGACAAAGGUGGUAAUUCACCUGCUGAAAGGCCUGAGGCAUCCAUUCUACCAGGGCAACAUCAAGGCCUCGUCCGACCUGCAACGACAGCUGAAAUUCUACCAGGAGUAUGUCAAGAAUAGUAGCUUGGAAAAGGAUUUGAUGUUGGCGUUGAGCCUGAACGAAAAUGAAUAUGAAGCUGAAGGUCAACUGAUUGAGUGCGGUUGCUGUUUCGCCGAGGUCACCUUUGAGACAAUGGUCCAGUGUCUAGAUGGCCAUCUCUUCUGCGACUCUUGCCUACAAAGGUACGCCAAGGAGUCUGUGUACGGACAGGGCAAAGCACAUCUUACCUGUAUGACUGAUGGAUGUGAUAGCUCCUACCCGAGAGAUCAAUUGGAGAAGUGUCUGUCUGCCAACGACAUGGCUAAGUAUGACGAGCGCGUCCAGGAAGAAUCCAUUCAGUUGGCUGGUAUGGACGGCUUGGUUCGCUGCCCUCACUGUGACUUUGCCGCUGUGCUGGACCCAGGCGACAAAGUAUUCUCUUGCCAAAACACCGACUGCAUGAAGGAGACAUGUCGUCAUUGUGGAGAAGAUUGGAAGGACCACUUUGGCAAACGAUGCGAAGAAAUUGAGAAGAAAUCAGAAACCAACAUGAGAUUAUCUUAUGAGGAGAGGAUGUCUCAAGCUCAGAUCCGCACUUGCCACCGAUGCAAGGCUGGUAUAAUGAAAGACCAAGGCUGCAAUAAGUCCCAGUUUUACUGCAGGUGUCAAGAUUUUGGUCACAUCAUGUCUUCCAUAGCAAGUUUUAUUCUUGGACUCUUGAAUAAGCAUGCAAAGAUGACUUGUCGCUGUGGUGCCAAGAUGUGUUACAUCUGUCGCAAGCCUGAUAUUGAUUACAACCACUUCUGUGGUCACGCUCGCAAUCCCGGCCAAGGCUGCACUGUUUGUACCAAGUGUUCGCUGUGGACCGACCCUGCUGAGGAUGAUGCACGAGCCGUCAAAGAGUUGGAGAAGGAAUUACAGAUGCAGAAAGAGAAGUUAGCGAGAGUGAGAGAUUCUCGUGAUCAUUUGGCUCUGAUGGACUUUGCUCCAGAGGCUAAGAAACCACGUGUCAUCUGAUAACCAUCAGGCUGGUUAUCGCCCGGACAUCUCUUGCCAUUUACAUUGGUCACAGGAACCACAUUUCAUUAACAGCUCAGAGCAAGAACAUUAAACGAGGAAUUGCCUAUGGUUGGAUUCUGUAGGACUCUGUGGGUGUCAGGAUCAAGGGAAAACAAAGAUCAGUGGCAAAAUGUUUACUCCUUUCUUCCCACAGGCUGGGGAAUUGUUCCAUUCAUUACUUAGUACAGGUAUGAGUUAAAUGGUAUAUUGUAUUAUUCACUUUUAUUACUUCAUGGCCUGUCAGGACACACUAUCCGUGUAUAUGCUGAAAGUGCCUUGAUGCAAAAUCACUUGAGUUUAAUGGGGGCAGAUGAAUUCAGGAGUUGUGGUGACCACACACCUGACAUACGUUAUCAGUUGUGAAGACACAAUCAUUGUGAGGAUGUUAUGAAGUGCCCACCAGGUCGAUAACCCCAGUAUGAGUUAUUGGCCUGGUUACUUGUUUAAAAUGUACACCAAGGGCCUAUGUUGACUUGUUUUGUUUGUCCUUUUGUUUGGGCUUUUCCCUUUUCGUUGGAUUAGUACACAUUCUGCUAGUGAGAACAACUUUGGGUAAAUUGAGGACUUGUCGUCCUCUGAUGUAAUUCUUGAAGUCCUAGGUGUGUUCCAGAAAUGUACUCACAGUCCCCAACAAAUGACAUACAGCAACGUAUACUUGCACAGUUUAUUCCCUUUAGAUUCAAUUUCCUCCGAAUUGUUAGGGGAGUGAAGCCAGCAUGUAUCUUCAUAUUCUUUGCUAAAUCCUGAAGGCAUUUUAACUUCAGUUCUUUUGUUGGGUGUAUCCUGUUAAUUAUAUGUCUGUAUUAAUAAGAUAUAUAGCUUUGAUCUUGAACUAUAGGGAUCAAGUUGACGGAAUGUAUGGAUUGGCACAGCGAGCCAUACUGAGGAAAGCCAACCUAGAACAUUUCGCAUGCACGUUGCACUGGUUGGUGCAAUACAGGGCUUCUCGUUUUUCAAUUAUGGAUUUUGCCCGUACACUUAUGCAUAUUCAUAAUACAAGCUCAUUUGGGUGGGACCAGAACCCACAACCUCCUGUCUGCUAAGAUAUCAGAUAUAUCAGAUAUCAGGCAUUUGGGUCCCACCUGAGUGAGCCUCUGAAUUUUUUCAGUAGCUUAAUUCACAGUAUUAUGAAUAUAUGUUGGUGUAAGGGCAAUCCCAUUGAAAAAACAAUGAUAGAGUAUCUCCCCCACACAAAGCACAUCUGUGGAAAUAGAGUUUGCCAGCCUUCGCUAGUUUUCAUUUUGAUGUGCACAAAGUCUGCUCGUGAGAGAAACGUAGCUGAGGUUUGCAACGACAAAACUGUAGUGUUUAUUUUGCACUGCUGAAUGCAUACUUCUGAACAAAGUUUGUACUCUGGCCAUGUCUGAUCAACUGGCUAAGGCUAACAGUGAGACAUAUACAGGAAGUAGCCACAGCCACUAACUAGUGACUUAAUGAGGGUGUGUAUGGCUUGUUUCCAGCCUCCAGCCAGUCGGUUCAGACAUGGCCCUUUUUUUCUUUUGCUUAGGUCAUUCAUGCAUGAAAUCUAUACAAUCAUAAUGCACACAUACCUUAGUACUAGAUUUCCCCUUUUUUUAAACAGUGCAAUUUGUAAUUCAUCUUCUCUGUGUCUAUCAGACCCAUGCAGCUGUAAUUUGUACCUCAUGAAAUUUGUGACUAAGCAGCAGUCGCCAUGGUUAUGAUGUCACAGGGCAUGUGCAGUGGUCCUUGACAAAAUAAUUUAGGAAGCAUUGUGAUUAAAUGUGUGGAGUCACUGUACAAAGCACAGCACAGGGUUUGUUGCUAGAAAGGGGGGGGUAUGGGUAAGUAUCCAGUGAAGCCUCGCUGGAUUCAUCUGUAAAAGUAACCAGUCCUAAAGAGGUACCAUGCAUGUGUAGAGGUGUAGUACAUGCAUAAUUCAAUGUUCUUUCAGCAAGUAGCAAAAGUACAACUUGAUGAAAUGCAUGUUGCAACAAGUUACACAUGGUACAACGUCCCACCACAUGGCACAACGUCCUAUCACAUGGUACAAUGUCCAGUAUUUACUGGUACCAGUGGUACUUCAGUCUACAACUGAUAAGAAACUCUAGAGGGCGCUGCCAACUGGCACUGUAUGGUCAGCUGGCAUAACCCCAACAUAAGGACUGCUGAGCUUCAAGACACAUUCGAUCUAUGGUCAGCUGGCAUAACCCCAUGUUCCCCAACAUAAGGGCUGCUGAGCUUCAAGACACAUUCGAUGGGCGUGGCAAAGGGGACCCCUCCCACUGUGUCUUCUUUUGUGUGGACAGAAUUUUUGGAAUUCCUUUCAGAUUUCUGGGGGUAGGGGUGCAGUAGGCAAAAUAGUCUUAGGGUAGUGGCUUGUGUAUUGGGGGGUCCCCCUUUGCCACAUAUUGUGCUGAAUAUAUGAAGGCACAUGCAGAUUUUUCCCUACAGAAAUGUUUUUGAAAACAUGUAGCAAUUGCUUUCAAGUAACAUAAGGCAUGUACGCCCAACACAAUCACACUGAAUCUGUCUGCACCAUGCAAUUUGCUGUGCAGCAAUGGACCGAGAUAUUUGUCAUUAGAUUAAUUUCAAAACUUUCAGGUGAGGAAAAUAUUGCAAAGAGUUUAAGACACAGGUAAAAAUAACAAUUAUUGACUGGUGGGAAUACGGGAAGUGAUGUUUCAACACCCAAAAGUUACUUGGCUGUUGGGUUUUUUCUUGAUGCCAUUUAACAUUUUCAACUUUUAUUCCCUACAUUUGUGACAGCAUUGUUGCUUUGGAAAUUAAACUAAGUAUGAGAUAUGGCUUCAAUAUAGAAAGGUAGACUACAAUAAUGAAAGAUGUAAUGAUCUGGUUCCAAAAUAAAAAGUUCCAUUUUAAUGGUA